AUGCCAAACGGAGCCGGGUCCAAGUCUUCAGCCUCGGCUGCAGCCGGAGUGGGCGACGGCGACUCCAUCCUCAACACCAGCAACAAUAACGUCCACGGCAGUUACUCCAAAGGCUUGAAUUCGGGCGCGGUGUCGCCCGCAUCGAAGAAGUCACCUCGCCUUCCCAAGUGUGCUCGGUGCAGGAAUCACGGCUACGUGUCGGCCCUGAAGGGGCACAAGAGGUUCUGCAUGUGGAGAGAGUGCCAAUGUAAGAAAUGCAACUUGAUCGCAGAGAGACAGCGGGUCAUGGCAGCACAGGUGGCCCUCAGGAGACAGCAGGCUCAGGAGGAGGAACUGGGCAUCAGCCGACCCAUUCCGCUGCCCGGAGCCGCCGAGCUGCUCAUCAAGCGCGAGAAUGCAACACCCAACAGUUCGUGUGCGCUGGGCACCGGGGGAUCGGGCUUGUCCUCCAACCCCGGCACACCGGGCACUUCCUCAGGUAAGAGCCCAGAUAUCCCUUCCAUCACCAGCAGAGGGCACCUGGAUGCCACCCCUGACCUCGUAGUGGACUCUUCCUACUACAGCAACUUUUAUCAGCCAUCCCUCUAUCCAGCUUACUACAACAAUCUUUACAACUAUCCCCAGUACCAGCAAAUGAAAACCCCAGAGAGCCGGUUUUCAGGCCACAAUGUGACACCUCAGUACAGGAUGCAUUCCUACUACUCUGCUGCCUCUUACCUGGGACAGGGGCUCAGCACGGCCGCGUGUGUUCCUCAGCUGUUCACUCUCGAAGAUGGCUCCUCCUUCUCAGAUGUAAAAUCCAGUGUAUUUUCACCUUCCAGUAAUCAGGACUCAGGUUUGAUCUCUCUGUCCAGCAGUUCCCCUGUCAGCAAUGGAAGUAUUAAGCAAGAAUGUGAAUCUGUCGCCGACUCUGGCACCUUCUCUGUCGAUUCCAUUAUUGAGAAUGCAGACAUAGAACAGGCCGUUGGAGCCAGCAACCCACCGACUUAACCCUAGCCUAAUCACUGGAAAAUUUACAAUGAUCAAUUAAUCUACUAACUGAUACGUCUUUGGACUGUGGGAGGAA